UGUGGAAAUAACUGUAAAGAUGGCUGUGAUUCUAGUGGUAAUUGUAACAACUGUACUUCUGGUUAUUAUGGUAAUAAAUGUGAUACACCAUGUCCUACUAAUUGUAAUGGUGGUUGUACCCAGAAUAAUGGUGAUUGUGAAGCUUGUAAAAAAGGUUUCUGGGGUAUGAAAUGUAAUGACGACUGUAAUAGAUGUAAACAAGGAUGUCAACAGAAUAACGGAUAUUGUAAUAAUGGUGGAUGUAAUUCUGGUUAUUAUGGUAAUAAAUGUGAUACACCAUGUCCUACUAAUUGUAAAGGUGGUUGUAUCCAGAAUAGUGGUAAUUGUAACAAUUGUAAUUCUGGUUAUUAUGGUAAUAAAUGUGAUACACCAUGUCCUACUAAUUGUAAUGGUGGUUGUAUCCAGAAUAAUGGUGAUUGUGAAGUUUGUAAUGAUGGUUAUUGGGGUAUAAAAUGUCAGUCACAAUGUCCUACAAACUGUAGACUGUCUAAAUGUGAUAAGAACAAUGGAUGCACUGAAUGUAAGAACUUAUACUGCUUAUGGCAGCUAAGAUAA